AUGGUGGAGACCUCCCAGGGGUGCUGCAGCACCCUCAGCAGCCCUCAGCACACUCAGCAGCCCUCAGCACACUCAGCAGCCCUCAGCACCCUCAGCAACCCUCAGCAGGCCUCAGCACACUCAGCAGCCCUCAGCACACUCAGCAGCCCUCAGCACACUCAGCAGCCCUCAGCACCCUCAGCAACCCUCAGCAGCCCUCAGCACACUCAGCAGCCCUCAGCAGCCCUCAGCACACGCAGCAGCCCUCAGCACACUCAGCAGCCGUCAGCAUCUUUGGCAGCCAUCAGCAUUCUCAGCACCCAUACAACCUCCAGCAGCCCUCAGCAGGCCUCAGCACCCUCAGCACCCACAGGAGUCUUCAGCAAACCUCAGCAGCCAUUGAAGCACUCAGCAGCCCUCAGCGCUCUAAGCAGCCCUCAGCACCCUCAGCAGCCAUCAGAUGGCCUCAGCACCCAUCAGAAACCCAUCAGCAACACACAGCAGCCCUCAGCAGCCCUCAGCACCCUGAGCAGCUCUCAGCACCCCUUGGCAUCCUCAGCAGCUCUCAAUGCCCUCAGGAGCCCUCAGCACCCAUCAGCAGGCCUCAGCAGCCCUCAGCACCCAUCAGAAACCCUCAGCACCCAUCAUCAACCCUCAGCACCCAUCAGCAACCCUCAGCGCCAUGAGCAGCCAUCAGCAGCUCUCAGCACCCUCAGGAGCCCAAAGGACCCCUCAGCACCCCUAGCAGCCUCCAGCCGCCCUCAGCAGCCAUCAGCGAGUCCUCAGCACCGUCAGCCUCCCUCAGCAGCCCUCAACAUCUCUCAGCAUCUCUUAGCAGCCUUCAUCAGCCAUCGGCUCCCUCAGCAGGCCUCAGCAGCCCUCAGCACCCAUCAGCAGGCCUCAGCAGCCCUCAGCACCCAUAAGCAAUCCUCAGCAGCCAUCAGCAACCCUCAGCAGCCCUCAGCGACCUUAGCAGCCAUCAGCAGCUCUCAGCACCCUCAGAAGCACUCAGCACCCCUCAGCACCGCUAGCAGCCUCCAGCAGCAACCCUCAGCAGCCCUAAGAGCCCUCAGGAGCCCUGAGCACCCCUCAGCUCCCCUAGCAGUCUCCACAAGCCCUCAGCAGCCAUCGGCACCCUCCUCAGCAGCCAUCAGAAUCCCUCAGCAGCCCUCAGCAGUAUUCAGCGCCCUCAGCAGUCAUCAGCAGCCCUCAGCAGCCCUCAGCAGCCUUCAGCACCGCUCAGCAGCCCUUCAGCAUCCCUCGGCACCCGCAGCAUCCCUCAGGAGCCCUAAGCAGCCUUCAGCAGCCCUAAGCAGCCAUCAGCGCCCUCAGCACCCAUCAGCGCCCUCAGCAGCCCUCAACAGCCCUCAGCAGCCUCAGCACCCUGACACCCGCAGGAGCCCUCAGCACCCAUCAGCAGGGUCUCAGCACCCACUCAGUGCCCUCAGCAGCCUUCAGCAGCCAUCUGCACCCAGAGUAGCCCCCAUCCAUCAGCAGCCUCAGCACCCCGCGCAACCUCAGCUGCCCUCAGCAGCCCUCAGCACCCACAGGAGCCAUCAGAAAACCUCAGCAGCCAUCAACACCCUCAGCAACCCUCCUCAGCCCUCAGCAGCAAUCAGCGCCCUAAGCAGCCCUCAGCGCCCUCAGCAGCCCUCAUUAGCCCUCAUUAGCCCUCAGCACCCCCAGCAGCCCUCAGCAGCAUCAACACCCCCAGCAACCCUCAACAGCCCACAGCACCCAUCAACAGGCCUCAGCACCCUGAGCAACCUCAGCUGCCCUCAGCAGCCCUCAGCACCCACAGGAGCCAUCAGCAAACCUUACAGCCCUCAGCACCCACAGGAGCCAUCAGCAAACCUGAGCAGCCAUCAACACAUUCAGCAGCCCUCAUUAGCCCUAAAUAGACCUCAGCAGCCUCCAGCAUCCCUCAGUACCCUCAGCAUCCCCCAGCACCCUCAGCAGCCCUCAGCAGCCCUCAGCACCCUGAGCAACUUCACUAGCCAUCAGCGCCCUCAGCAGCCCUCAUUAACCCUCAUUCGCCUUCAGCACCCGCAGGAGCCCUCAGCACCCAUCAGCAGGGUCUCAGCACCCACUCAGUGCCCUCAGCAGCCUUCAGCAGCCAUCUGCACCCAGAGUAGCCCCCAUCCAUCAGCAGCCUCAGCACCCCGCGCAACCUCAGCUGCCCUCAGCAGCCCUCAGCACCCACAGGAGCCAUCAGAAAACCUCAGCAGCCAUCAACACCCUCAGCAACCCUCCUCAGCCCUCAGCAGCAAUCAGCGCCCUAAGCAGCCCUCAGCGCCCUCAGCAGCCCUCAUUAGCCCUCAGCACCCCCAGCAGCCCUCAGCAGCAUCAACACCCUCAGCAACCCUCAACAGCCCACAGCACCCAUCAACAGGCCUCAGCACCCUGAGCAACCUCAGCUGCCCUCAGCAGCCCUCAGCACCCACAGGAGCCAUCAGCAAACCUCAGCAACUCUCAGCAGCCCUAAGCAGCCCUGAGCAUCCUCAGCAUCUCUCAACACCCUCAGGGGCCCCCCGCAGCCCUCAGCAGCCAUCGGCACCCUCCCUCACAGCCCUCAGCAGGCCUCAGCACCCAGAGCAACCUCAGCUGCCCUCAGCUGCCCUCAGCUGCCCUCACCACCCCUCAGCAGCCAUCAGCACCCCUCAGCAGCCUUCAGUAGCCAUCAGCACCCAGAGUAGCCAUAAGCAGCCCUUAGCACCCUCAGCAGAUAUCAGCAGCAUCAGCUCCCUAAGAAACCUCAGCUGCCCUCAGCACCCACAGGAGCCCUCACAGGCCUCAGAACCCCUCAUCAGCCAUCAGCAGCCCUCAACAGCCCUCAGCAGCCUCAGCACCCUGAGCAACCUCAGCUGCCCUCAGCAGCUCUCAGCGCACUCAGCAGCCAUCCGCGCCUUCAGCAGCCUUCAGCAGCCCUCAGCACCCUCAGCAGCCCUCAGCACCCAGACAGCCAUCAGCAGCCCUCAGCAGCCUCAGCACCCGGAGCAACCUCAGCAGCCCUCAGCACCCCUCAGCAGCCCUCAACAGCCAUCAGGCUUUCAGCAGCCAUCAGCCUUCAGCAGCCAUCAGCAGCCCUCAGCACCCAGAAUAGCCCUCAGCAGCCCUCAACAGCCUCAGCACCCUGAGCAACCUAAGCUGCCCUCAGCAGCCCUCAGUGCCUCAGCAGCCCUCAGCGCCCUCAGCAGCCAUCAGCGCCCUCAGCAGCCUUCAGCAGCCCUCAGCACCCAGACCAUCAGCGCCCUCAGCAGCCUUCAGCAGCCCCCAGCACCCUCAGCAGCACCCUCAGCAGCCCUCAGCACCCAGAGUAGCCCUCAGCACCCCUCAGCACCCCUCAACAGCCCUCAGGAGCCUCAGCAGCCCUCAUUAGCAAUCAGCACCCUAAGCAGCCAUCAGCGCCCUCAGCAGCCUUCAGCAGCCCUCAGCACCAUCAGCAGCACCCUCAGAAGCCCUCAGCAAACAGAGUAG